GCUAGCGGGCUAAGUUAGCUUUCGAAAUUGCGAAUGUGGCAGUGUGUCUCAGUGCAGCUGUUACAAAUGCAAAAGACAGCUUUGCUUGAACUGAAGGAACCGUUUUGAACGGUUGGGUUUAACCAAUUGACAAGAACUGGGUAUUUAAUAAAGUUGUUAUUAGUAAUUCAGUGUCCCCGGUAGAGCCUUGUCAGGGCCCGCCUCCUUAUUGGCUGUAGCGCAGAGAAAAAUGAGUGACUAAUAUCUUAGCCAAUCAGAGGCUGUUGCGCCACUUGUUGCUAACGGACUGCUCGGCUAUGAUAGCGGAAGUGUACGAGGCUUGGUGAACUUUGAAAGUGCAUGCUUACAAAUAUAUAACCUGGAUAUAAUUUGGGUGUAAAAAAAAAACUUUCUUCAAAGACAACAAAAGAGGAUUUAUCUUCACCCCUAGUUUAUUAGAAGCACAUGACUGUGAAACAAAGCGAGCAUCCUUUUUUCCUGUGUCUGCUUUUGAUUUUUUUAUCGUACACGAGGCUGACCAUAACCUUAAGUGGGUUUGACAUUUGUUUGUGUGUAAUUUUUCGUUUUUGCUUUUUAGUUCCUUUUUGAGGUUUCUCUUUUUUGUUCCUUUGCAAAGAAAUGCUUUACUUGAAAAAGUACUUCACAGAGGGUCUUAUUCAGUUCACUAUCCUCCUGAGUCUAAUUGGGGUACGGCUGGACUUGGACACUUAUUUGAACAAUCAGCUCCCCCCACUCCAUGAGAUCAUCCUGGGCCCCAGUUCGGCCUACACCCAGACGCAGUUCCACAAUCUCCGUAACACCCUGGACGGCUAUGGCAUCCAUCCUAAAAGUGUGGACCUGGACCAUUUUUUCGCCACUCGUCGGCUUCUGAACCAGGUGCGCUCCCUGGAUCAUCUGCGUGUGCCCAGCACCGAGCUGAGUGCCUGGCUGGUGCAUCGUGACCCUGAGAGUGUGGUUUCGGCAACCAGUCAGUCCGGCCCCAGCAUUGCCCUGGACAAUGGGGGCAGCCUGGAGGACGUGAACAACUCCGAAGCCUCGGCCAUGAGAGGGGCUGGCAGUGCUUCUGAGACCAAUUAUAGCCUCAGCGGAGAGGACAGCCUGGGAGCCGUGGCCCCUGAGGACAGUCAGGAGCAAGGGGAAAGAGAGAGCAGCGACGACCUUUCCAAAGAGGACAUUGACCUCAUAGACAUCCUUUGGAGGCAGGAUAUUGACCUUGGUGCUGGUCGAGAAGUAUUUAACUAUAGCAGUCGCCAGAAGGAGAAUGAGGCUGAUAAACCUAAUAAAGAAAACGAAGAGGCAGGUGGAAGAGAGGAAAGCUGGAGAAAUGGACUUAAUCUCCAAGCAGUGCAGAGCCUAACUCAUGUUGAUGGAGAGACAGGAGAGAGAAUACCUACGGAGCUUACCAGUCUUGGUGCUCAGACUUCAUUAUCCCUGCAGGAAUGUCUGAGGCUUCUGGAGGCCACCUUUCCAUUUGGAGAAGAGCCAGAGUUCCAGACCACUGGAUCCACCUCACAGCUUAGAGCUCCAACUGAGGAGACGCCAUCAACAUCACAAGGGAUCCCCCUACAAGCCCCUCUGUCACAGUCUGAUGCACCACUAGACCUGGAGCAGCAGUGGCAGGACAUAAUGUCCAUAAUGGAACUGCAGGACAUGGAGGUGAACAAUACUGCAGUAAAUGUCACCAUGAAUAAUGACCCCAAUAACAACAAUGCCAGCACCACCGACUCAGCCACAAGUUUUGGACUUCCACCGUCCACUCUCAUUAACCAGGAUGUCAGUCUGCACCAGGCUUCGCUUCCCAGCUGCAGCCAGGACUUUCCCCCAUUGUUCAACCCCGAGUUGGAUUCUACCAUGGUACAGCGGCCUACCUUAGUCAGGCUUUCUUCUAGCAACUCCUCCAACAUCAAUUCAACCUUUGGAGCUACUAACUUGACCGGUCUCUUUCUCCCACCACCUCUAAACAGUACAACUAAUCUAACCACCACUCCGGUGCUGCCAGAUCCAUUUUCCAGCCUGCUGGAAGAGUCUAUGCUGGAUGAAAUUAGCCUGCUAGACCUUGCAAUGGAAGAGGGUUUCAGCCAAGACCAGGCUUCUCAGCUCGAGGAUGAGCUUGAUUCAGACUCAGGUCUUUCACUGGACUCCAGCCAUAGCCCAGCCUCUCCUAGCAACUCGGAGACAUCCUGCUCAUCAGCUGCAUCCUCUUCAUCCACCUCGGCUACAUUCUCAGAGGAAGGAGCUGUUGGCUACAGCACCGAUUCAGAGGCGGCCACAGCAGAAGCAGAGGAAGGAGCCGUUGGGGGCUACCAACCGGAGUAUAGCAAGCUGUGCCGCAUGAGCUACCAAGACCCCUCUCAGUUCCAUGGCAUACCACACUUGGAAAGUGUCAAUCACAACCACACCUACAAUCUACCACUGGCAUCCUCCUACUCUGAGCGCUCUCAAAUGUCCACAUCUUCUAGCAAGAAAGGCAGAGACAAGCAAUUGCAGCAGACAAAGCUCCAGUCACCACAAGACUUCAUUGACAGGCAGUCUAGCCGUGAUGAACGUAGGGCGAGGGCCAUGGACAUCCCAUUCUCCAAUGACAAGAUCAUUAACCUACCUGUCGAGGAGUUCAAUGAGCUUCUGGCCAAGCACCAUCUCAAUGAGGACCAGCUCUCACUCAUUCGUGACAUCCGCCGCCGUGGAAAGAACAAAAUGGCGGCACAAAACUGCCGUAAACGCAAAUUAGACACCAUCCUCAAGCUCGAGGAGGGCGUGCAAGACCUGCAACGUGAAAAGGCUCAGCUGCUGAAGGAGAAGAUGGAAUACUGUAAGUGCAUCAGACAGACGAAGCAGAAAGUUCAGAGCCUUUCCCAGGAAUUGUUCGCACAGCUGCGGGAUGAGGAAGGCAGACCCUACUCAGCCAGCGAGUACUUUCUGCAGUACGGCACCGAUGGCGUUCUCCUCAUGCCUCGUAACAUGACCACAGAACAACGCAACAAGCCUGACAAGAAGCAGAAGGACAAAAAGAAGUGAGGAACUCUGUUGCCCUUUUAUUUUUUUGCAAAGGCACUACCAUACAAAGUAUUUCGAAAGGCAAAGGACGCCUUUUUCUUUGAAACGAUUCUAGCGAGGAGAAGAAAAUUGCAUCAUUGAUUACUCCUCCUGAAUUGGGUUUUCUUUGUUCCUUUUUGGUUCAGAAGUUUUCUCCUGAAAGUGGCAUUAAAGCAGACGUGCUGUA